AUCGCAAAUGAGAUGGUGUUCAAAAGCAAUCCCAGUUUUGUCUUUCACGACUCUUGCGGUUUCGAAGCGGGCUCUAAAGAAGAGUUCGAGGACAUGAAGGCAUUCAUCUCAGAACGCGUACACGCGAAGAAGAUGGAGGAGCGAAUCCAUGCCAUCUGGUAUUGUAUUCCGAUGGACGAACCGAGUCGGACAUUCCAGCGGUCCGAGGAGAAGUUCUUUUUGGAGUGCGACACUGGGCAUGUUCCCGUGGUCGUGGUGUUCACCAAGUUCGAAGCGCUGCGUCCAUUCGCAUAUGGUGAAAUCAAGAAGCAACUAAAAGACUUAUCCGCAGAAGAACGCUCAAAGAGGAUUGCCCAACGUGUCGAAGAACUGUUCACCAAAACAGGUGUCUGUGAUCGGUUGUGCGACUCUAACAACCGCACCCGUCCUAAGUUUCUAGUACGCCUAGAGAGUAUGAACAAGCUGAAUACAAACUGUAACGCUCUACUGGAGCGCACCGCUUUCGCACUGGACAAUGAAGAAUUACGAUUGUGCUUGGUAUCGACACAACAAUCAAACUUGGAACUUUGUAUAAAGUGUGCCGUUGCAACACUUGUUGAUCAUUCACAAGAGAUAUUCGGGCUACUUCGAAUUAAUAAUAGAGCCUAUCAGUAUGACAUUGCUAAGUGGUUUCCUCAUCUCAACGUAAGAUAAAUAUUCAUUCAAUGAUCUGACGAUUCCCUGGUGAUGGUGCUC